AUGUGGGACCAGGAUAACAAGUAUACAGGGUCCUAUCUGCGAGGCCAUACCAACCUUACGGAGAUCGAUGUAGGGAUGGACUUGUUGUGGCGUAACAACAUUGAUCCAAAGAAAGUGGUUAUGGGAAUGGGAUUCUACGGUCGAAGCUUUACGAUGGUCGACAAAGACUGCCAUACAGCGGACUGCGAAUUUUCUGAAGUUGGAGGUGCUGGACCAUGCUCACAAGCUGCUGGCAUUCUGUAUUAUUCAGGUGAAUUUACCCAUCUGCUUCAUCUCUUUUGUUCACAAUACUUACGAAAGGUUUCAGAGAUUGAGUCCAGCAACAGCUCCAGUGACGUCCAAACUUACUAUGACCCAGUUUCAACGAUCAAGUAUAGUGUUUACAACGGCAAUCAAUGGAUCUCCUACGAUGAUGCGCAGCCUUGGCAGGACAAAAUGAGAUACCUGACAGGAAAGUGCAUUUCUAGUGUCAUGAUAUGGGCUCUCGAUCAGGAUGAUGGAAUGCACAGGGCUCUGGGAGUGCUCCUGGGCGAGGAUGCGCUGUCUGGCUCACUUAUGGCGGGAGGUGAUCUCUCGACCAGCCAAAAGAAGGAGUUGACGAGUCAACUAGCCGCAUACACCGGGCAAAACUGCUAUGUCACUCAAUUCUGUACCGAUGGUUCAAGCUCCCAUAAGAACGACCCGGAUUAUGUGUGUCCCAAUGGUUUCUCCUCCGUUGCCACUGCACACGCCCCUCAACAAAGGCUCGGAUACUACAUCACCGACACUUGUGAUAGCAGAUUCUACCGUCAUAUUUGCUGUCCCACAGAUGCCAUGCCGAAGAAUUGCGAAUGGACCGGCGCCCCGGUACGCAGUGAAGUUGGCUGCAGUGGCAAGUGCGGAAGCGAUCAGUUCCAGCUUAACGUCGAUUCAUACGUUGACGCCUCGGGUGAGGAACCAUGUUACCAAGGAGACCGCGCCUUGUGCUGCGAUGGCGCCGAGGCAAUCAAUCAAUGCAAGUGGACUUCAUGCCAGAAGCUUGCAUCCACUCAGGACAAGCCGAGUUGCCCCCGUGGUAGCACCUAUAUGACCACCCGAUUUGACGAUGGAGAUGGCAGCUUAUGCUCCUCGGACGAUGAUGACGAUCUAGAGAUUCUCUACGCUCAGGCAUACUGUUGUCCAAGUGAUGAUGAUGUGCCGUCUAAUUGCUCUUGGCCAUUCGAGACGCUACCUCAUACAUCGGAAUAUCUCUGCUAUCCGUCUGCCUGUGACUCCACCAAAGUGCAGUAUACCACCGCUCUUGAUCCUAGCGAGCCAUAUUACGGCGGUGGCUUGCAAUUGGACGAUGAUUACACCGGGGACGACGUGGAAUGGGCUUACGUCGACAACUACGGCAACAACAAUAAGCAGAGCUCUCCCGGCGACGAUGAUGGGGAUGAUCCAUAUGGAUUUGUGAUGCUCGAUGGUACUGCAGGCUCUAUUGACAGUUCAUUUGCCUCGACAUAUGAAUUCGCUCGUCGGAGCGAGGAAGUUCCCAAAACCAAACGCUCCUUGUUCACCACUCACCGCACCCGCUUGGAUACCAAUUUCGAUCAUGUCGAGGAAACACAUCAUAUCUUUUGCAAACUGCCCACUGUCUCGUUGAAAUGCGACAAUUUAUUCUUCGACGGUGCUGAAGACACGAUAAUCUGUCUGCCAGAGCACGUUGGUGAAGGCCCAUUUGCUCGUCUCGUUUCAAUACAGCCAGCCCAUAGCUCAUACGACCUUCCUCGGCAUCAUUUGGUCAAGCGGAUUGCGGAAGAAAAUGAGAAUCCUGUCUACAAGAUCAAAAUUGACUACAACUUUCAGGCAAUCAAACGUCACUCAGGUGCUAUCAACAUGCGUGUGGAUUACACCAACCUGCUUGAUUAUUCGGAAGACGUUACAGAUACUCCUGCCACUCGCCGGAAGAAGCGCUCUACUACUUCGGUCCGCAACGAGCACAUAUCCUACCGUGAGUGGCGCGGUAAGGUUAAUUGGGCCAAAACCUCGCAUGAGGCUCUUCGCAAGCGACAAGCGGACAUCAUGACCUCCAAUACUACAUUUGAGCGCGUCGGUGACCGAGAACCUCAUAACCUCCAAGAAAGGUGGUUUGGUAGCUCGUUACGGGUCGGGUUUCAAGCCCGGACCUUAGGCCUAAAGUUAGUCUUUACAGAAGUCUAG